UUUCAAGUUAUCAAGGGGCUUCAGAAACAUGCCAACCGUAAAUCAUAUAAGAGCAGAACAUGUGCUCAGCUGUAUAUUCUACAUUAUGUUUCCUCCUCAAAACACAGUGUUCUCCUGAAGAACACAACAACCCCUUCUGUCAAUCAGCAUGACGUUGUACCACGUGGUUGAGGAUAGCCUAUAUAAAGACGACUGACUUCAGCUUGAGCAGGAAUAUAAAACGUCAGAUCAGAUCUGCCCACUUUGUUGCGCGGAACCGCAGGCCAAAACCAUCUCCAAGCGAUGGAAAUGGACAGCCUCUCCACCGGCCCACAGACUACUCCAAUCCCCGUUCCACACCAGCUCAGCCGCUCCACCAUAGAUGGUUCCCAGUUUCAUGGUAAUAUGGACGGGCAGUGCGCCGGGUCCUCCAAAGUCUUGAUGGCUUACAAAAACGCAUCGCAGCACCUCAGUUCAUCGGGGAUUAAAGCGGGUUUGGGGAUACUUAAAGUGGCCACGUCUCAGUGGAAGCAGGAGAAGAAGGUGCGUUCAGGGGCAGCCGUGAGGCAACUGUCCACUGCAAACAGUAGUCACCCCUGCAAGAGAUCCCCACUUGAUCAGCUGGCAGCUCUGGUUCUCCACGGUCAAACCCGGCACCGUCAGAUUAGCCAAGAGCACAGAAAAGACGCCCUUUACUCCACCAAGCCGCAGAACUGCAAGCGCAUCGUGGUUCUUGGUGCUCCACGGGUCGGCAAGACCUCCAUCCUGAGGAGAUAUCUUCGGGACGGGUUUGUGGAGGAGUACAGCCCCACCUCCGAGGAUUUCCUGAGGAAACUGUUUCGUAUCCGCGGGGAGACCUAUCAAAUUGACAUCCUGGACGCGUCCAGGGAAAGGGACUUCCCAGCCAAGCGUCGGCUGUCUAUCCUCACUGGAGAUAUUUUUCUUCUGGUAUUCAGUGUGGAUGACAGGAGCUCUUUCGAAGAGGUGUGCGCCCUGCGAACGGAGAUUCUGGCUGCUAAAUCCAAACUCACCAAAUCAGCUGUGCCAGAGCAGUGCGCACAGCCGCAGGUUCCCUUGUUGGUCUGCGCCAACAAGGUGGAUCUCGUGGAGUCUGAGAGACAAAUAUCAACGGCAGAUGUGCUCCAAGCUCUCGGUGACGACUGUGCCUAUUUUGAAACGUCUGCAAAGGACAGCACUAAUUUAGAGAAAGUCUUCGAGACUUUGGCAAAACGAGGCGGACUUCCGACCGAAACUGGCCCGUCUCAGCAUCGCAAAGUCUCCCUUCGUUCGUACCAAGCAAUGCGGACAGGCCGUGUGGCGGGGAGGGGAAGCGAGGCGCCGGGGCGCGAUGAUCCCUGUGGCGCUCUGUACCCACUCGCUCGUCGGCCGAGUUUUAGCACUGAUCUCCGACAAGUCAUUGGGCCACGAACGACAAGAAAGCCCGGCAAAGCGCUGGAGAAAUGUCAGAUUCAGUGAGAGACGAACAGACUAUGAGACCAACGAAGAAAGCACUGAUAUUCCCUUAAAUAUAAUGUAUUAUAUCUGCAUUAUGAAGUGCUUUUUCACAGAUGAGAUAUAAUACAUGCACUUGAGAUGAUGUUUUCGAAAUAAAACCUUUUAAUAGUAUAA